AUGCAGGAUUCGGGUAUGUUGGUCCAGCCGUUCUCCCCUGGCAUUCCGCCUGCUGCCUUUGGCGCUGGGGGUCCCAUGUUGAAGCAGUUCGAUGAGUCGACGGUUGUGAGUAGGAAGGGAUCGCAGGCGCCGACGCCUCCGUUAUCGGUCAAGGGGAUAGGGAAUAAAGUUGCGAAACCUGAUUAUUCAGAGUCCAAGAUCGUUCUUGCUAUGGUCGGCCUUCCUGCUAGGGGCAAGUCGUACUUGAGCAACAAGCUCAUGAUCUAUCUCAAAGUUUUCAAUGUCGGUCAGCUGCGCCGUACAAGAGCGAAGCAGAAGGCGCAGCAGCUCGGAAUCCAGGAGGAUCACACGGCAUCCUGGUUUAGCCAUGACAAUACCGAAGCGAAUCAGUCGCGGGAGCAGCUCGCACAGGACAGCCUCGAAAUGCUGAUCCAGUGGCUGAAAGACGGGGGGAACGUGGGGAUCCAUGCUGGGCUGCUUCGCUUCGCGCCGUUGGCCUGUCGAGGAAGAGACAGGCGGCGGGAGCGAGGCGGAUUAGCCGGAGCUCCCCUUUUCUGUUAUGAUUCAUCGCCCCUUUACCUUCCCCGCACUUCUGAUGCGACGAACAGCACGCGAGCGAGAAGGGCGAGCAUCGAAGAGCGAGUGGCGAAGGAGAAGGGGAUCCAUCUUAUUUUUCUCGAGUCGUUGUGUGAUGACCCAGCGGUCAUCGCAGCGAAUGUGGCUCUUAAAGUGACGUCUGGCGAUCCCGACUAUAAGGAUAUGUCGCCCGAAGUGGCGAAGCGCGAUUUCCUGAGACGGAUAACAGAGUACGAGAAAGUGUAUGAGACGAUCACGGAGCCGCACCUGUCGUAUCUGCAGAUUGUGAACGUGGGCAGCCAAGUGACGGUGUCGCGGAUCCAUGGGUAUUUGCAGAGUCGAAUUGCGUUUUAUUUGAUGAAUCUGCAUUUGAAGCCGAGGAGUAUCUAUUUGUCUAGGCAUGGAGAAAGCCAGUUUAAUGUGGAAGGCAAGAUCGGAGGUGACUCGUUGCUCUCGCCGAGAGGUAUGAGCUAUGCGGAAGCACUGCCUGCUUUGAUCAAGGACAACAUUGGAGACGCACCCUUGACUGUCUGGACUUCGACAUUGCGGAGAACGAUCCAGACUGCGAGCCAGCUGAAUUUUCCAAAGUUGACGUGGAAGUCGCUGGAUGAAUUAGAUGCUGGUGUUUGUGAUGGCAUGACAUAUGAGGAAAUCGAGCAAGCGUACCCAGACGACUUUGCGAACAGAGAUGAAGACAAGUUCAACUAUCGUUAUCGCGGGGGCGAGUCGUAUCGCGACGUGGUGGUGAGGCUUGAGCCUGUUAUCAUGGAGCUUGAGAGGCAGGAGAAUGUUCUUGUGAUAGGACACCAGGUGGAUCUGCCGUAUAUUAAGAUUCCACUGCACACGGUGAUCAAGCUGACGCCCAAGGCGUAUGGGUGUGACGAGGAACGGUAUGCGCUGCCGAUUCAGGCGGUGGACACGCACCGUCCGAAGCCGAAGGGACCAGCACCUGUAGUGCAUCCCACGACAGCACGACAGUACUUUACGGAGACGGAGGAAAAGGCGUAG